AUGCACCACCAGCAUAGCGACGGCGGCGAUGGCUGCCAAAUAUGGAAAACGGCGCCUGUUCUCAUUGGAACGACACAGUUUGAGCCAAGAUCAGAUGUGCGCAACAUCAUGGUGACUGGAGGUGCCGGCUUUAUCGCCUCGUGGGUUGUCCGGCAUCUUGUCAUUACAUAUCCAGAUGCCUACAACAUUAUCUGCUUUGAUAAAAUGGACUACUGCUCUUCCAUGAACAACACGGCUAUUCUUGCAGACCGUCCCAACUUUGCCACGUACGUGGGCGACCUGACCCAUCCGCACGAGGUCUUGAACUGCCUGGAAAAGUACAACAUUGACACGGUAAUGCACUUUGCGGCUCAGUCGCAUGUUGAUCUGAGCUUUGGUAACUCGUACAGCUUCACGCAGACCAACGUCUUUGGGACGCACGUACUGCUAGAGUGUGCCAAAAAGGUGGGCAUCAAACGCUUCAUCCAUGUUUCGACCGACGAGGUAUAUGGAGAGGUCAAACAUGACGAGGACGAUGUGCACGAGGCCAGUAUACUGGCGCCGACGAAUCCGUACUCUGCGAGCAAGGCUGCCGCCGAGAUGAUGGUGCAAUCGUAUCAAGCGAGCUUCAAGCUGCCUUGCAUCAUUGUGCGGAGUAACAACGUCUAUGGACCGCAUCAAUACCCAGAGAAGAUUAUAUCGAAAUUUGCUUGUCUGUUGAACAGAAGGCAGCCAGUCGUUCUUCAUGGAGACGGCAGUCCUACCCGGCGCUACCUCUACGCCGGUGAUGCUGUCGAUGCGUUCGACACCAUCCUGCACAGUGGCCAAACAGGGGAAAUAUACAAUGUCGGCUCCUCCUCCGAAGUUUCCAACAUUGAUCUGUGCGCCAAGCUGCUCUCUGUUACGGGCAUGGUUGACGGCACCGACACCGACCCCGCCGCCAUUAUGAAGAAGCCCGCCUUCCGCACAUGGGUAAAAUACACGCACGACCGGCCCUUUAACGACUGUCGGUAUGCGGUCGACGGAUCUAAACUGCGCAGGCUGGGUUGGAGCCAGCAGACAAACUUGGACACAGGUCUGCGCAUCACGGUGGACUGGUACCGUCGUUUCGGCGAGACGUGGUGGGGAGACAUUAGCCACGUGUUGACGCCGUUUCCAGAGGUUGAAGGCGGCUCUAUAGUGCCGGAUCUGUCUCACAAAAUACACGAUGAUCCAAUGGGGUCGGAUGAAAGAUCACAACCAGGCACGGUGAUGAGAAAGGAACAGGCGAGGAAGAUGAAUGGUGUGGCAGCAUCUAGAACGGAGCUGAGUCAAUGA